CGUGCAGAUAAUCCAAGGACUAGUUGUUCGACGAAGACUGUUUUGAUCCGAAACGUAAAACGGUUCUAUCGUCGCGGAACACAAAACGGUCCUUGAAACCGGUUCGUCUUUAGAACGCUCACACACACCUAAGAAGAACAUUCGUAGUUGUAAUUUUAUAGGUAUACUAAGUACGUGACGUUUAUGAUAGAAUAUCAAGUCCUAAUGCAUAAAAACAUUAAUUGAUUUUAUUGAUUGAAAUAAAAUUUAAAGUGCUAAAGUUCAAUGAAGAGCAUUUGCAUUCACACUCACAGACCAUAGGAUAAAACAGUCAAUACCAGGAUAAAACGAGAAGCUCUGGCGGUUGUUUCUACUGUGUGUCUAUCGUACUUGUGUUGAAAAAGAAAAUGAAUUUGUGCCUAAAGCUAUGAAUGAUCCAAAUUCGAAGAAAAUAAUCUUCAACAAAUCAACUUUAGUGAGCUUGAAAGCAGAACUUUUAAAAAAACAAGAUGAAGUCAAGAAUAAGAAGCAGUUACAUCAACAUAAACUUGUCAAUUUCAAACCACCCUUAAUUAAGAAACAAGCUGGUGUUGAAAAGUACCACAAUGAUGGAAAAAAGAGUUUUAAAGAUAGUUUGAAGUCUGUGGAUGCAGAUGAGUUAGAAGUCAAUAGAAGAGUGAGAUUGGCCUUGGCUAAAAAAUCUGAACUUUAUGAUCACUUAGCUGACAGUUCUGGCAGUUCUCAACUCGCUGGACAGUUUCUAGUUGAUUUCAAUAACAAGAAAUUAGAAAAUGAAGACAAUGCUGAAAAAUACUUGGAAACUGACUAUAUUAACAAGAAAGAAGAUGAUGAUGAAUGGGUUGAAUUUACGGAUUGCUUGGGACGUACACGAAAAUGCCUUAAAUCUGAUAAAGAAUUUUACAUUAAAAGAGAUAAUGAGUUAAUGAAAGGUCUAACAAGGGUACAGAGUAGUGGUGAACAACAAGAGGCAGAAGAUAGUAACAAAACUGAAAUGCCAUUUUUGGUUCAAAAAACAAAUGAUUAUCUUCAAUCAUUGCGUGAAAAAUGGGAACAAAAAGAGAAAGAGCUUGUUGGGAAAGAAAAAGAUAUUCACUACCAAGAUUUACUGUUUGAUGAGGCUCGUAUACACGGUGUGGCGUACUAUUCGUUCAGUACCGAUGAGACGGAGCGACGGAAACAGAUGGAAGAAUUGACGAAGCGCCGAAAGGAAACCCUUCAAGCACAGGAAGAGAGCGAGAGGUUGAGGAAGAAGAGAGACGAGUUGAUGGCAGCCAGGGUCGCCGCUGCUAGGGCAAGACAGAGACUGAGGGCUGGACUACCACCGGAAGAACCCAAAGAUAAUCAAAAGGACUUUACUGCUUGUUUGUUAGAAUUUCUUACAGAACAGAAAAAUGAGGCGGACGAGAAAGCGAAAGAAGAAGAAAGGAAAGCUAAAGAGGAGCAGGAGAAGGAAAGGCAAAAGUUACGCGAAGCUCACAUACGAGAGUGGGAUUUGGGCAAGGAAGGAGUCGAAGGAAAGGUUAAAAAGUUUCGAGAAAUGACACAAGAAGAAUAUGUCGAACAACAGCGAAGCAAGAGAAUAGAUGAGUUUGCACCACCCAAAGCUUUAUCUAGUAGUAGAACAGAUUAUACGUUUGAUGAUAAAGGGAGAAUGAUAGAACCAGGUUCCGAUACUCCAGUCAAGAAAACUUGGGCAGAUGUAAGACCGAAAACGAAAACUCCGCCACCGCCCGAAAUUGGCGAUAUCAGUUUUCCAGACAUACAGAAAGGCCUUUAUUUUUCUACAUCCAAUAAACCUUCGCUGACGAAUUAUAAGAACUUUGUCCAAACUCAGGAACCUACGCCCAUAGAGAAUGAAUUAAGCGACGACGAAGAUAUCAGCGAACAACGUAAAACAGAAAAAAGAAAAUUUGUUUCUAAUAACGCAGAAAUUGAACCACCGCCCACUUAUGACUACUAUGGCCCUACUCCAAAGUGUUCUAGACCGCAGAAGCCGUUUAAUUCAGACAUUAGAGAGGCAUAUGCUCAGGGUGCCAAAAGUCUAGAAAAUAAGGGCUCUGAUAGGCAACUGUCAAAACAGUAUGAUUUUACAUUUGAUUGAAUGUAGGUACAUACUUUAAAUAAUCAAUUUAUUUAAAUUAAAGAUUUUAAAAUAACACAAUAAAAAGUUGGUUUUAUUGUUAUGUUUAUUUAAAUACUAAUAUCACAAUUAUAUACUACGUGUGUACAAUAAACAUUUAAUUUUAUCAAAAAAAUAGUUUACCAA